ACAUGAGUAUGGUUUGAAUAGAAAUUGACACACUCAAACAAACACAAACUUGCUAUCCAUUUCAGUUGAAGAAUGCAGUGCAUUGACUCUCUACCAGAAGGUAAAUUUUCGAAUUCUCGACCUUGUUUCCUUGUCCAUAAUCCAGUGGUUCAUGCAUAGACGUUGCCUACGUAGUACUCCUCAGUUGGUCUCGUUCUGAGACCCGUAGAAUGUCAGCAAUCCAUGCUCGUACGGAGGCACGAUGUUGUACACUCACGUUUUUGAAAGGCCUUAGCAGGCCAAGUCAAUAGCAGGGAGCAAGCCAGUAGUCACUAGCCAGUACGUAGCUAACUAGGCCUCUGCUGUGGGCAAUCCCAUUUCCCAUGUCCCGUAGUAGAUGGCUGUCAAAAUGUAGGAUGGUCGGUGAUGAAAGGUGAAAGGCUGGACAUGAGCUGUGGUGAGACAAGGUUGACUGAUGCCCAAAUUAGAUGAGAAUUAUUACGUGUUCCCGUGUGUGAUCCACCCCCGAGCGCUCCAAUGUGGCAAGAGGUGCUCGCAGUAGAUUCCAAACUGUCCCAAUUUCGUCCCAUCAUGGCCCAGGACAAGGAUCUGAGGCCGUUGUAUCUCAAGCGACGACUCCAACUUCUGCAAGAUCAGAUGGCGGAGAGGCCCACCACGCCCUCGGGAGGCGGGGGUGGUCCCAUGCGGAACAAGAAAUAUCUGUCGCUUAGAGUGAAGCUCUUGAAGCGUCAAUUCGGAUUGCCAAGCGAUGUCUUGUCCUUGAAAAGCCUGUCCAUUUCCGCGGCUGCUCCGGACUAUGCCCAUGCCAUGUCCCACCAUGAUAUGAUCAAUGAGAAUGAGCCCUAUUUGUUGCCCGAGCAUCGGGAUCAAACCCGAUACACUUACCAUGGAGUGCAUCACAUCUUCGAUCAGCACCGAGAAGCCAUCACUCGACUGAAGUUCUUGCACAAUGAUGACCACACGUUCGUCUGCUCCUCCAUGGAUGGUCUUUUGUCGAUUUGCGACCUCCAAACCGCCUCUUUUGUCACUUUACCCGGUCAUAGUGAGGGUGUGGUUGACUUUGACAUAUCCGAAUCCAAUCAGUUCGUAGUGAGUUGUUCCCUGGAUGGGUCUCUGAUUCUCUGGGAUUUGCUUAAGCGAACCCAACUACGAUGCGUCCGGGAUUUCGAGGGAGCUUCCCGGGGCGCGUCGUACCUCUACUUUUGCCGAUUCCUCCCCUUGAAUAACAAUCUCAUCGUCUGCGGUGUCAGCUCGGGUACGGUCCGACUCAUCAACAUCUCCACGGGCAAGUUCAUCCAGGACGGCAGUCCCAUGCUCGGCAAGUCGUUGUCCGUGGAAGUCAACCAGCAAGGCAGUCUGCUGUGGGUGGGCAAUGAUCGGGGCAAUAUCGAGUCAUUUCGUUUGAUCAAUUGCAAGAAAGGCGGCAAGAUCCAGAAGGGCUCCCGAGCCUCGUUGGGCGAGCAUCAUCCGGUGACAUCGCUCGCCAUGCGGAACUCCGUCAGUAAACUCCAUCUGGGUCCGGUGCUCUUAGUCAAUUUGGGCACCAAUCAUCUGCAUCUGUUCAAAAUCACCAAUGAAUUCGGCUCCUUGGAAUCGCUAAUGGAGUUCAAGUCAGAUCUGAGGCCGAGCUUGAUGUGCUCGCUGUUUGCACCGAUCCUGUCGGUUCGAGAAGGAACUUGCGUGGUGGGUGGGGCCGAUGAUGGGACCUUGGCCUUCUUUGAUCUGGAGAAGAUCAGCAAUGCGGGCAGGAACUCGUGUGUGAAUAAACUUCAAGGCCAUUCGAAGCCUGUGAUAUCUUUAGGAUUCAGUUUUAAUGAGGACUUCUUGGCCUCGGCCGACAGCUCCGGACAGAUCAUUGUGUGGAAGAAAUGAAGGCGAAGGAUUUCACCCAAUCUCAUAGAAUUUGGCGUUUGAUUGUCUCAUUUUGUCAUUCACAUGAUUUUGAUGGCCCACCAUUUGAACAGUUUUAUAAUUUAUGGAUGUUAUUUGUUUGGAAAUGCUUUAGCAAUGUAAUGUAUGUGACAUUUUGUGUCCCUUUCCCUCCCUCCACCCUCUAGGAAAUGAUUAAAACUUUCAUGGGUGAUACAGACGAAUGGAUGAACUAUAAUAAACUCCCUAUAAAAGUCG